AUGGCUGUUAGAUCUCCGAAGUUAAGCAAAUACUUCGUUCAGUUACAUUGCUCACCCAUGUUCGGUUCCGGUAUGCUCUCAGCGGAUAUGUCCAAUAACAUGACGAUGAAUCCGAGGAUCCACCAAAGACAACAAGCUCUGAACGAGUCUCCACAACUUGGAUACACCGCGAUAGGAUCUCCGAUUUCUAACAUGGCUUCUUGUAUGGGAACGACCAUGUCAGGGAUGCCGAAUUACUCGCAGAUAGGUAGGGGUGAUUUGGGAGGAGGCGAUACGUCUCCAAACUCCGCGCUCCAGAGAGUUCGAAACGAAAAACCCUAUCGCAGAUCCUAUACUCACGCCAAACCACCAUACUCUUAUAUCUCGUUAAUCACGAUGGCUAUACAGAAUAGUCCGCAGAAAAUGCUAACUUUAUCGGAAAUCUACCAGUUUAUCAUGGAUUUGUUCCCGUUCUACAGGCAGAAUCAACAACGGUGGCAGAACUCAAUCAGACAUUCUCUAUCGUUUAAUGACUGUUUUGUGAAAGUUCCGCGGACUCCGGACAAACCCGGGAAAGGUUCGUUCUGGAGUUUACACCCGGACUCAGGAAACAUGUUCGAAAACGGUUGUUAUUUGCGCCGGCAGAAACGGUUCAAAGACGAGAAGAAGGAACUGAUCAGGCAGUCCCACAAGAGCCCGUCGCACAGCAUGGACAACAGUAAUAGUUCAGGGAAAAAGACACCUUUACAUUCCAGCGAGGAUAAAUCUCACAACACAUUGGAAAAGACCGAAAACAACUUGAGCUCGAUGAUGAACAUUCACCCCAGCAAACUCGACGUCGAACAAAUGAAUCUUCUCAACGCCAACGAGUUAAACAUGCACCAGCAACACCAUCAAGGUAUGUCUCACGAGGAAUUAUCUGCCAUGAUCAACCGAAACAACCACUUGGCGUUAAGUGAGCACCAGGCGAUGCUCCAGCAUCAUGGUUCAAUGAACCACCAUCUCAAACAGGAACCGGCGGGUUAUACGCCUUCGAACCACCCGUUCUCCAUUACCAGGCUACUUCCCACAGAAAGUAAGUCAGAUAUAAAGAUGUAUGCGGAUAUGCAGUAUGCAGGGUACAACACCCUGAACCCGUUACCCAACGCUAUCCAUCACACGUCACUGGGGAACGAUUAUUACAACAGCCCAUCGCUCUACCAUACGUCUGCUGGUACGACGAGUUUGUGACAGUACCCUCUGGCCUAGAAACAAUUUGGUUUGUGACCUCAGAUAAAUUGAUGUAAAUAAUUUUCUCUGUGCUGUAAAUAAAAGACAUCGGUGAUACACGACGCUAUUGAGAAUUUGCUGCGAAAAAUUCAUCAAAUCAAAAAGACUAUCUACAUAGAUCUAUGUAAUAAAA